AAAGAGGGCGGGGAGGGGGUGCGGUUUAAGGAAUUGGACCUGGUCCCUCUCAACUGUCCCGGGCUAGAGCGAUUUUAGGCUCUGGUUUGCCCGCAGCAGUCGCACAGCUCCCGCACGCCAUCAUGCCACCGCCUCUGCUGCGCCUCCUGCUGCUCUGUGCCCCUGGGCUGCUGCUCCUGCUUCUGCCCCUCUCCUCUUCCUCCUCUUCUGAAGUCGGGGAACCGACCGCCUGCGGCCCCUGCGAGCCUGCCGCCUGCCCGCCCCUGCCCCCGCGGGGCUGUCCCCUGGGAGAGACCCGCGACGCCUGUGGCUGCUGCCCGGCGUGUGCCCGCGGGGAGGGAGAGCCCUGCGGGGGCAGCGGCGCUGGCAGGGGACAUUGCGCGCCGGGCAUGGAGUGCGUGAAGAGCCGUAAGAGGCGGAAGGGCAAAGCCGGGGCAGCAGCCAGCGGACCGGUGGUGAGCGGUGUGUGCGUGUGCAAAAGUCGCUACCCGGUGUGCGGCAGCGACGGUAACACCUACCCCAGCGGCUGCCAGCUGCGCGCUGCCAGCCUCCGCGCGGAGAGCCUGGGCGAGAAGACCAUCACCCAGGUCAGCAAAGGCACCUGCGAUCAAGGUGGGAAAAGAACAUGCGCCUCUCCCUCUGCUCCCCCCUUGCGUAUUGCUCUCGGUCCGCCGACUUCCAGUAGCGCAGAGAGCGCGGCCCCGGGAGUUUGACUCUAAGUUAGAUGC